AUGCCGAUGUGGCCGCAAGCUUACCAAAGCCCACAACAGAUUUGCGCGCAAACCGGCUGGGGUGGUCAACCUAUCCUUACACACCGCGGUGGUGACGGGGAUACUUCCUCGCGCGUGACACCAGUGACCGACUCCCGCCGUCUCCGCAUUACAUUCAAUGGAUCGGUAUCAGAUGUUAUGCCCUGGAAAUUCACUCCUCAGCAGCGUGAGGUCCGGGUGCUACCCGGUGAGACCGCUUUGGCCUUCUACACGGCAACGAAUAAGGGCCCAAAUGAUAUCAUUGGAGUCGCAACGUACAGUGUCACGCCUGGCCAGGUUGCGCCGUACUUUAGCAAGAUUCAAUGCUUCUGCUUCGAGGAGCAGAAACUUAAUGCCGGGGAGUCUGUGGAUAUGCCUGUGUUUUUCUUCAUCGAUCCCGACUUUGCUACGGACCCUAACAUGCAGGGCAUUGAUACCAUCACCCUGUCAUACACCUUCUUCAAAGCGAAAUAUGAUGAUAAUGGCGUUUUGAAGCCCAUUGCAUCGUGA